AUGGCUGCCCUUAUUCCCAUCGCCAUUCAUCGCCAUCCGCUUCAGGACACGACAGAGGUCACGGCCGUGCAGGCCGCCGUGCUCUACACCUGGAGUGUGGCAAUCGCAGCUGUAGAUUUCGCGCGGCAAGCGGCAAGCGCCGCUGCCAACGCCAUCGGAGUUGAUGCUGCCCUCACAUCGACCACCGCCCCGCCGGUGGCAGCGGGCACGACGUUCCUCACAGGCCCGCUAACGCAGCUGGUGCACAGGGUGGUGGCGCUGGCGGCGCUGCACACCCUCCUGGCGCUCGCUGGCAUUUGGCUCGGUGCUUCACGGCUGCACCGGAGGGCCCGGGCCCACACAGGCGGUGCGAGCGGCGAUGGGGGCGGGGACGGGGACAUAGAGCUGGAACAGUCGCAUUUAUUGCUGCAGGGUGCUCUUCAGCUAUGGGGGAAGCAGCGACACGCAGCGAGCGCCGUCAGGGAAGGUGGUACAGGGUGUGGGCAGCAUCGGCUGGACGAGGGCGAUAUUGCAGGAGCAGCAGCAGCAGCAGUGAGGCGACUGCAGCGGUGGUUUGUGUCCAGAAGCAGCAGCGGCAGCGGCCGCGGCUUGGUGGUGACGGGGGUUCGCCGGGGCCGCAAGCUUGCGGCCGCGAGCAGCAGACCGGUGGAAGCGGAAGGGGGUUAUGCGGGAGGGGGGCAUGCGGGAGGGGUCUGCGGCAGCGGCGGCGGCGGCGGUCGCAUGACACCUCCUGUGUCUGCGCCGUUAGCAGGAAAUUGCCGGCACCAAAUUUGGGAGGGUCAGGCCCGGCACAUGCAAGACGAGCAACAACAUGAGCAGUCAUCGCAACAGCAGGAGCAGCAGCGCCGAUUGCAGGAGGGCGAACAGUGGAAAGAGGGAAUGGAGGAGGCGGAGUUGCCGGCGGCAUCGGCGAGGCGAUGGAGCCAACGGCCAAGCUACUUUUGGAUUGUGAAUAGUGUCUGCAGCUGGCUGGCGGGGCUGGCGCGGGCGGCGUUGCUCGUCCUUCUGGCUCCUCUGGCUGCCGUACCAGCGGCAGGGGCAGCAGCAUUCGCAAAUGCUGCUACUGCUACUGGUUCUAAAGCCACCUCUAUGCUGUACGUCGACGGGGGGAUCGAUCUGCAGAGCGGAGAGGCCGCCUUGACGGCGACUGUCGUACUUCUAGCGCACCUGAUCGCCAGCAAUCUGUCGCCGUGGGCUUAUGGCAUCCAGUCGGCGGCGGCCGCCGCCGCCGGCGCACUGCUGCACUGCCGCCUGGCGCCGUCGGCAUCAUUACAGGCGCUGGUCGCUGCGUACGGCGGCCUUUGGCUGGCGGCGGCGGCGCUAUCGUAUCAUCUUGCGAGCUCGUGUCGGAAGGCGGCAGCGUCAUCAUCACAACUGUUGUACCCUCUCCGCCCUGCGGCGGCCAGCGCUGUCAGCGCCGCCGCCGCUGAUGCCGACGCCGACGCCGUUGAGGCCGUCAAGGAGCAGACCCUCGCAAGCCCGCCCCUCGCAAACGAGACGUCGGUGGAGGCGAGUAGCAGUCGACGGUUGGUCCGGCCGCCACGCCUUGGCCCCAGCUUUAGCCGUGUGACAAGUACUUCAAUCAACAACGCCGGCGACGAUUCGAGCCCAUUUAUCACCGGCGCCGGCACCGACUUCGAUACGGACGCCGGAAGCGACCUGAUUAUGGGCUCCAUCCACCUUUCUGCCAGCCCGCGGCGAAGCGUAUUGGGCCAGCCGGCCCAGCCGCGCUUCCCCACCUCUCACAGCGGCGUCACACCCAAUCCUACACGAGUACAGGAAGCCCUGUCGACGCGGCCACGGCUCAGACGGACGGACUCCGUGAGCUCGCAAGGCCGUGUAGCCGCGGGUGCGGGUGUGGGUGUGGGUGCUGGCACAACUGCCCUGACGGAUCCGCAAGGCCGCUUUCCCGUGGCGGGAAGGGCCGGCCAGCCAAUGUACGGAGCUGGAACCGUGGCGGCGGCGGUGCCGCCGCAGCAGCAGCGGCUGCUGCUGCCGCCGCUGGCGGCGAAGCGCGCCUCCCUGGACUCGCUGCCGCCAAAGCCUCAUCCAGCAUAUCCUGUGUUGGCUGGGACGUCGGAAGAGGUUACGUUGUCGCACGUUCGGCGCGCGUCUUCCGAGCGGCCGCCGAGCCUGGGCAGGCAACCCGUGGCCUUGACGCCGUCAGGAGCGCCGGUGUCCAACCUGCAGCAGUCUCAAUCCUGCGGACCCGCCCAGGUCCCUUUUUCCUUUGCGAGGCGGCAAUCUGCGCCGGACGGCACCGCCGGCGGCGGCGCUGCUGCAGCGGCAACGACUGUCGUCGCUGCCGCAACCCCGGCAGCGGCAGCGGGCUUUGCGGCUGGCGGCGUAGUCCGCGCGGGAGGCAGUGUUAACAAGGUUACUACUGCUAACCAGCACGCGGCCAACCCAGCGACGACGGUUUGGACGGGCGCGGGGGCCCCGCGAGCAUUACAUGGCGGCGGCGGCGACAUCGCGGAGCCGGGCGGUACGGCUGGGCCGCAGGGCGCCGCCGCGCUGCAGGCGAGGAUGUUACCCUAUGCAGGGUCGCUAUCGGGCGUCGCCCCUGGCGGCGGCGCCGCCGCUGCCGCCGCCGCCGCCAACGACCACUCCAUGCUGUCGUCGGUCAUCUUGGAAGCUGACGUGUACGACAGGCUGUUGUCGUCGGCGUCAUCGCCAUUCCUGUUGAACCCCAAUUCGAUCAUGCGGUAUCCUUCCACAGCCAACACUGGAACGAUACCCCUGCCGGCGGCUCUCGCCUCACCGUCCUCUUUCGACUGGAGAGGCACGGCUAGCGGCGCCGCCGCUGCCGCCGUCGCCGCCGCCGUCGUACCGACAGCGGUGACGCCGACGGUGUCAUCGUUCAAGAUUCCAGCGGCGCACCGGAUCGUCCGCCGGGGGAGCGACGCAGCGGCGGCGGCGGAGGAGGGCGAGCUGCAGAGCAGCGAAACGGGGCCGCGGAGCGGCGGCGGCGAUGGCGGCUGGGCCAGGGCAGCACCGGGGUCCCGGUCUCGGCUGGAAAGGGUGACGGCGGCGGCGGCGGCAAUAGAGGAGACGAUGGCCCCUCCUCGUCAGGUCAUUGUUCUUGCCGACGGCCGUCAGGUCUAUCAGUCGGAUGUCUUGGCAGCGGCCGCCAGCGCCUCCCCGCACAGCAGCUCGACGCCGCUCGCGUCUGUGGAGCGCCACUGGGCUCCGACGGCGGUGAUGGGGACCCGGGAUCUGCUGCACACCUCGAUGGCCGGCUCCGAAACCGAUGCGCUGGGCACCGGCAGGGCAGCGGCGAUGGGGUCUUCCCUGGCUUCGACAACGGCGGGCGCGAUUUCGAGGCACUUGUCGUACACUACGCGCGGCGGCGGUGUCAGCGGCCUCAGCGGCGCGUCGUCAGCGGUGGAGCCGCUUUCGUCCUCACCUGCGUCGUACUCGCCGUACUUGCAGCCAUCCGGAGAGCGCUGUGACGGGAGGCAGUACGGCGACGGCGUUGGUGGUGAGGUUGCGGUACGGCAAUUGUCGGCAGGGGCUGGCGGGCGCAUCCGCCAGUGGGCAGCGGCGGCCCAGAGCCGCUCACAAUUGCAAUUUCAGCUCCGUAACGCAGCGUCAGUUGGGGGCAAGGCGACGGUGGCGGCGGCGUGGCCAUCAUCCAUGUGCGGCGGCGGUACUGCAGUUGCCGGCUCAUUUUCUGGCACCGCUGCACGCGGCGGCGACUGUGCAUCAUGCAAAUCGCCGUCGUAUGCCACGCGCGGCGGCGUCACUGGCGGCGUCACUGGCGGCUACGGCACGAGCACCUCCGGCCGUAUUUCCAGCAGCUACGGGCCCGCAAGCGGUGCCGGCUCCAGCGGAGCUGCGUUGACAAUGGGCGGGACGAGCGGCUCGAUGUCGUACGGUACCGUGGAGACCGGUGGCAGCCUCCGCGGCGGCGGCGGCGGCGGCAGCCGUGGCGGCGGUACGGUGUCGUACCCUCGGUCCUCUUUAGACCUGGGCCGGCACCUUCACGACACGGGCCUUAUUCGAAUCGGCGAGGAGGAGGCGGGCCUGGACAAUGAUGAUGCAUAUCGGGCCGAUAGCACCUUGUUCGGAACCUGCGACGACGGCGACGGCGGCGGCAUCGACCGGUACCCCUCUAGCAUAGGCGGGUACAGUUUCUGUAACGGCAGUGAAAGCGAUCGUCGCUCAUCUAUUCAAGAGCGCCGCAGCAACGCCACCGCCAGUGGCGACCUGCAACAUUCCAGGCGAGCAGCGGCGGCGGUGCCGCCAUCGUACUGCAGCAGCAGCGUCGGAUCGGGCGCAGUGGGCGAUAUAACGGGGUCCGUCCCGCUUGUAACGAUGACGACGGCGGUGGCGGCAGGGCAGCAAGGCCUUAUGAGCCGUGUACGGCCGCGUAGCGGACGGGGAAUUUCCCAUCGGCAGAAGCAGCAGCUGCAAGCGCCAACCUUAAUGUCCGGCGGCGGUGGCGGCUCCGCUGCCGCUGUCACCAGCGCUUCGGGGUCUUCCUGGUCCGCAUAUGGGACUCGGAGCUCCGUCGACGUUCCGCACGCCGCGCUCAGCGCUGGAGCUGCCGGUGACGGCGGCAGUAGCACCGGACCGCUGGGCUCCGGAGCAAUUGCAGGUGUCGGUAACGGCAGCGGCAGGGCCUCCCUGGCUGAGGCCCAUCAGCAGCAUCAGCAGCAGCACCCGCGUGGAUUGGCAGAUUCGUCGGCACAUCCGUCGCCGUUAGAAAACCAUCAAACUGCGGCAUCCGCGACACCUUCCAACGGUCCUCUUCCGCAGCUGCACGGCAUGAAGGGAAUGGAUGCCGCGGUUGUCACUGCAGCCGCCGCCAUCGCUACGGCCCCUCGAGGCAGCGGCAGCGGCAGCUCUGCCGCUGCGGCAGCCGCCGCCGUGGCCAUCGGCGGCGCCUCGGUCGUCGGCAGCGGCCGUUACCUAGCGAGCGGCGGCAGCUAUAGAAGCUCCCAGAACAACUCCUCUCUGCUAUCCUUCACGGACGUCACGGUAGGGUGUCACGUGGCGCCACCCGCCGGCACAGUCGCGGGGGCGCCCGCCGCCACCAGCAGCCACAUUCGCUGCCAAUCCUCCGCAACUGCAGCUACUGCGACAGAUACAGCCAGCGGCGGUGCCAUCGUGGUGACGCUGAUGCGCGGCAUUGUGGUCAACACUCCGCAGAACAGCAGCGGCGGUGCCGUCGACAACGACACAGUCUCAGUGGCGCCAGCGAUGGCGGCGGCGGUUCUAGGCACCGCCACCGCGGCCGCCGCCGCCGCCGCGAUCACCGUCGUAAGUCAUGGAAGCAGCACUACCUCUGAAGGAGGCAAGGGGGCCGCCAGUUUGCGGUUCCUAGCGUAUCCACAAACCCUGGCGCCCAUGUUGGGUUCCGGGUCGACUGGGCGGGGCAGCCAGGCGGCGCUGAGAGCGCUUGGCGGCGCCGGCGCGGUGCCGGCGUUGGGCUCCGGCGCAGCCAUCCGCGGAAGCAACGGCACCGCCGUUCCUAGCAGCAGCGGACGGCUGGGCUUCGCCGCAGCUACCGCAGCCGGCGGCGCCGGAGGCGGAGGAGAACCAAGGAUGCCUUCCAGACCAACAUUGCCGGAGUUACUGGCGAGCACCGCUGCGGUGGCGGCGGCUCUCGGUAAUACGCCAGGGUACGGCGGCGGGACCGCCGCUGGCCCCGCAGCGUCGCCGUGGGUGUCACCUGCGUUGUCGGCGCCGUUGCGCGACGUCAUGUCGGCGUCGCCGCAAUUUGCAGCAGCGCCGCAGCUGCCGCUGCCGUUGCCGCCGCCAGGGCAGACCGGCGCUGGCGCCGCGUCUACAAGCAAUCGCCGCGGUAUGGGAAGGCAAGCGAGCUUCAAGUCCUAUCGCGUUAUUCUCGACCUAUUCAGGCAUGAUGAUGGCGGCAGCGGCGGCGGCGGCGGCGGUCUCAGCGAUUUCAGUGCCGCCGCCGUCGGCCGCGACGCCAGCUGUUCCACGGGUUGUUCCCAUCGCACGGCGGAAACUGCCGGCUCCGCCGGCGGCGCCUCCGCCGUGGCCACGCCCUCGCAGCCCCUCUCACAAACUCUAGGCGCUGCGCGCCGUUUGGGCAUGUCUUGGUUUGGGCAGAUCCUGGCAACCAAGCGCUCGUCUAUUAUGGGCGUCAGCGGCGGAGGCGGAGGCUUGCUUGCGUCCCCGCCGCCGUCAUCGCAGCUUGCUCCGCCUGGGCAGUCUGAGCACCUGACGAACUACAAUGGUGCUGCCAGCUGCGGCCCCGGCGGCAGCGGCGUCGGCGAAGUUCAAGCGCUCGACGGCAGGGUGAGCGCCGCCAGCGGCGGCGGCGCCGCCGCCGCCGCCGCCGCCACCACGGGCAGGUCCUCGCAGCAGCUGACGCGUUUGAUGGACGAUACGGCGAGGUUGUCGCCUGUGCAGGGAGUGCUGCGGGGGUUACGGAAGCGCUUCCGGGGGGGGAAGAAAAGCCUUACCAGCGGUUCCGGAGCCAGAGAAUAG